UUGUAGAAUUAUACCUGCGAAGGUCCAUUACGGUGUUCCGCAGUAACUUAAAGGACGGUUCACAGGGCAGCUGUCAUGAACGAGGCAGUAGCUAAAAAGACCCAGGACACGUUGGGCAAAGUGAUAAAGAAGCCUCCUCUUACUGAAAAACUGCUCAGUAAGCCGCCGUUCCGGUACCUGCACGACAUAUUCAGCGAGGUGAUCCGGACCACCGGCUUCAUGAAGGGCCUGUAUACGGAGGCAGAGCUGAAAUCGGACAAUGUGAAGGAUAAAGAUGCGAAGAUCGCCUUCCUUCAGAAGGCCAUAGACGUGGUGACAGUGGUGAGCGGGGAGUCACUGGCGGUGAAGCCGGCGCGCAUCGUCGCAGGACACGAGCCGGAGAGAACCAAUGAGCUGCUGCAGGCCAUCGGCAAGUGCUGCCUCAGCAAGCUGUCGAGUGAAGAUGCGGUGAGGCGCGUGCUGGCGGGGGAGCGGCCCGACCUCAGGGGGAAGUCCCAGGACAAGGAGAACAGGGAGGGGAGGGAGCCCCCCCGGGGAAAGGAGGAGAGGAGGGAGAUCAGAGACCGGAGCAGCAGCAGAGACAGGAAGGACUCCGAGCAGCAGAGAGAGGAGAGCAGGAGGACAGAGAAGGACCGACACAGGGAGGGUGAAAGGUCAGACAAAGGUCGCGAGAGGACCAAGGACCGGGAGAGAGAAAAGGAUAAGAGCCGUGACAGGGACAAAGCCAAGGAGCGGGAAUCGCAGAAAGAUGUAGAGAAGCGCAGAGACAGAGAGAGAGAGAAGGACCGAGACAGAGAGAGAGAGAAGGACAGAGACAGAGAGAGAGACAGAGACAGACAAAGACACAAAGACGCGGAGGAGAAGAACAGAGAAGAGGAGAAAGCAGACAGGAAGUCUAGAGGCCCAGAGGAGCCCAGUAAACCCAGAAAACAUGAGCCUGAGGACCUGGCAGAUGAAACACAGGCAGAGAGUCCCAGCAGAAUACCUCGGCCUUCCUCUGCCAAGGGCCAAAGGAGGCGGCCCAAAGCAGGCCAAGAUGAAUCUGACAGUGAAGGUGAAGCAGACUCUCCCUCAGCAGAGAAGCCUCCUGUCCCCCUGGAGAACGGGGAUGUGAAGGACUCUGUGCCCCCCCACCCCACCCAGAGCAGCAGGAGGAUAUCACGGCCCAGCAGCGCUCGCCCCGCCCCUCCCCGAGUCCGGAAGCAGGAGAGCCACUCGGAGGUGCCCAGUGCUGACAGGCUGGGCAGUGCCAAGCCCUCCUCAGCUGUGAUUGUGGAGGGAAAGCAGCUCUCUGACGAUGAGGAUGGCGAUGCGCAGUUUGUGGUGGAGGAUGCAGCAGCGCCCCCUGCUGAGAGACCUGUGGAAGUGGACGGUGCAGUGGAGCUGCAGGGAGAAGAGAAGCACGGUGGCUUAGUGAAAAAAAUCCUGGAAACCAAGAGAGACUAUGAAACAUCACCAUCCUCACCAAAAUCAAAAGCGAAGGGCGCUCCGGUCUCGGAGACGGCCCACAGGAAGGAGCGGGACCUGGUGUCUCGGGAGAUGGAGAGGCUGCGCUCCUCCAUCCAGACGGUGUGCCGCAGCGCGCUGCCCCUGGGCAAGAUCAUGGACUACAUUCAGGAGGACAUGGACUCCAUGCAGAACGAGCUGCAGGCCUGGCGGCGGGAGAACCAGGAGCACGCCCACGCCCUGCUGCAGGAGCAGAGGGUCACAGACAGCGCUGUGGAGCCCCUGAAGACGGAGCUGACUGAGCUGGAGCAGCUCAUUAAGGACCAGCAGGACAAGAUCUGUGCCAUUAAGUGCAACAUCCUCAGGAACGAGGAGAAGAUCCAGAAGAUGCUGUCCAGCAUCAACUUCUCCUCCAGGACGUGAGACAGGGGCCUUUCUUUCCGAAGGAGCUGACGGAGGGGUGCAGUCUGUGCCUGUGUGUGAGAGGCUGAGUGCACCAGCCUUCCCCAGGGGGCAGGGUGCUCUCCUGGCUGCUGUGCCCCUCACCCACGUCUCAGGUGCCUUCUGUCAGAUGCACAGAGACGCCACCGGUCCCUCAGAGAGAUGCUCAGGCGGGACAGUCACGCUCCCCAACACUGUUGCCACACUCUGAGCCAUUACAUCAGAACCUCGGUGCAGUCUGUGCUCAGCACCGGACUCAAAGCUGCAGUCACAUUUACUGAUAAAGGCUUUUGGUGUGGAAAGGGAGGGUUGUUGGGGAGUGUGCAGCUGAGUGGGGCAGGACUCCAGCUGACCGUGCUUUAUGUCCCGUGCUUUAUAUCCCUUUAUGCGCCCCGUCUGUUCAGCACAGUUCACCACAUGCAGCCCACGGCUGCUUUCUGUCAUCUAGCUUUUACUUAUUGACGAUUGCAGGAAGUAAGACGAGAUUUUUUUGUAGCGGAAAGGUCAUGCCAAAAACAACAGUACAAACUGUAGCUUGUAUUAUUUGAAUGGCUCUCUGUUCGAGCACCACUGCACUUUGCUGGGAAAAGUUUACUGAAAUAAAGCCACUGUCCACACAUUAAGCACUAGAUGUAUCUGAUAAGGAGAAUGAGCUCAGGUUGCUUUGGAGCUGAGAAUAGCGUGGUUUUGUUUGAACUAUCCAAACUAUAUUAACACUCCAUAAAUUCCCUGUCAGACAGAAAUUUCUCCACUUGGGACGUAUGUGCAGAGAUCAUCUAUUAAAUGUAUUACCAAGAUAAGCAAGUCACUGGCCACAUCUUGCCUCAGGACUUUAGGAGUAACUGCAGUAAAAGAGAAGUCACUUGAUGGCUGAUGUGUUUGAUUCUGUCCAGAUGCUCUGUGUUUUCUGCUUAAAGGCUGAUAAGGCUGAGAUACGUUUUCUGCCCAGCCAUUCCUGAAACCCAAAAAUUCAGUCUAUGUACUGCCCCCAGUGGACAAUACAUUUCAAUAAACUGUGUUUUGAUAUAGGCAUAAAUUGAUAUUUAAAUUUAAUUAAUAUAAAGUUGAAGCAAUAAUGUUGUCAGCCUUGAAUAUUUUGCACUAAAGCACACCUGAUUAUGAAUGUUGAUUGUUAAAAUGUUUUGCCUAGUGAAUAAGAACCCUACAUUUAUUAAGAAAAUAUUUUAGAAAGAGUACUUGCAUAAUUUGACAAUCUUGAGAAAAAUCAAGUCAAUCAAGAUUUGUCAGGGGAGGAAAGGGGGAUGUGCUUUGGCUUUGAUUGUGAUCAGCACUCACUCAAACUAUUCUUUUUAUUCCAA